CUGUGAUUAUUUGUGAUAUUUAGAAUGUCCUUGCAAACGGGUCUGGCAUUCAUUUUCACAAUAUUAGCCUCCGUUAGCAUUGUAGCUGCCAUUAUUUUGUUGGGCUGGUUUUUGAUUUGGAAGGCCUUUCUAUCAAAAUUUCGUCUGGUGCGCGAACUGUUGGGACAAGAGGAGCCGGAGGAGCAGCAGCUUGUCGGUGGGGAGCAAAAUCAAAACGCACGAGCACGCAAAGCGCGACGUGAUUAAAUAAAUUACACACAC